AUGGGCAAAGGUCGUCGCAUGAAGAAGCAGGGCCCCCCGGCCCCGCUGGAUGAAAGCAAGAUUUCCAUGCUCAAGAAGCGCAAGGCUGCUGAGGCAGAGUCGGCUCCGAAGGCUGCUGCUGCGCCGGCCAAGAAGCGGCGGAGGGCCAAUGUCGACGAGGAAGAGCUGGUGACGAAGAAAGUGGCACAUAAGAAGACCAAGGCCAAUGGUGCAGCCGCGACGAAUGGCAGGAAAGAACAGAAGAAACCCGUGUCAGGGAAGAAGCAGCCCGUGCCCAUGGAUUCGGAUUCAGAGGAUGAUGAUGAGUUUGGAGACCUGGAUGGCGUUAGUGAGGGAUCAAUCGAUAGUGAUGAGAUGGUGGAAGGUCUGUCCGACCUGGAGGAUGACGACGACGAACUCAACGCUGAAGAUGACUCGGUUCUCGACUCUGACGAAGAUGAUCACCCGCGCGAAACCAUGUUCUCUGACGAUGAAGACCUGUCCGAUGCGGAGGAGAGGUUGACCGCAGCCAACAUUGAGGGAUUGUCGCGGAAAUUGGACGCUGCCAAGCAGGCGGAAGACGAAGAAGCAGAGCAGGAAUUGCAGGAGUCCGCCAUGCAGACCAACAUCGCCGGCGACCGUCCUGAUGUGUUCGGUGACGCCGAGACUGGCCAGCCGGGUCUGGCACCCGAUCUGCAGCUGCUGCGGCAGCGCAUCACCGACACUAUCCGUAUUCUGGGCGACCUGAAGACUCUGGGUAACCCGGACAAGUCGCGUGCCGACUACCUUGACCUGCUUCUGAAUGACAUCUGCACCUACUACGGCUACACCCGUUUCCUGGCCGAGAAGUUGUUCAACCUGUUCACGCCCAUGGAGGCCUUCGCCUUCUUCGAAGCCAACGAAACCCCCCGCCCUGUCGUCAUUCGUACCAACACUCUGCGCACGAACCGUCGGUCCCUUGCUCAGGCUUUGAUCAACCGCGGUGUCGUUCUUGAGCCCGUUGGGAAAUGGUCCAAGGUUGGAUUGCAGGUUUUCGAGUCUGCCGUGCCCCUGGGUGCCACUCCUGAGUACUUGGCCGGCCAUUACAUUCUGCAGGCGGCGUCCUCUUUCCUGCCCGUCAUGGCGCUGGCACCCCAGCCUAAUGAGCGCGUCCUCGAUAUGGCCGCUGCGCCCGGCGGUAAGACCACCUACAUGUCCGCGCUGAUGCGCAACACUGGCUGUGUGAUCGCCAACGAUGCCAGCAAGCCUCGUGCUAAGGGUUUGAUUGGUAACAUCCACCGUCUCGGUUGUAAGAACACCAUCGUGACCAACCUGGAUGCUCGCACGGCAUUCCCCAAAGCUAUGGGUGGCUUUGACCGUGUUCUGCUGGACGCUCCAUGUACUGGUACCGGUGUUAUUUCGAAAGACCCGAGCGUGAAGACAUCCAAGAACGAGCGCGACUUCCUGGCUAUCCCGCACAUGCAGCGUCAACUUCUUCUGGCGGCCAUCGACUCGGUUGACCACUCCUCCAAGACCGGAGGAUACAUUGUGUACUCGACCUGUAGUGUCACCGUGGAGGAGAACGAGGCCGUGGUGCAGUACGUGCUACGGAAACGGCCCAACGUCAAGAUUGUGGACACGGGUCUGGGCGAUUUCGGUAGCCCCGGUUUCACCAGCUACAUGAGCAAAAAGUUCGAUGCCAAGAUGGCGCUCACCCGCCGCUACUUCCCGCACCGUGAGAACGUCGACGGCUUCUACGUCUGCAAACUCAAGAAGAUUGGUCCCACCGUCUCUGCCAACCCCACUGAUGACGCCACAGCUGCUACGGCUGGAGAUCGUCCCGCCAAAAAGAGUGCCCCCUCUGCUACCUCUUCUGAUGACGAGGUGGUCGACAAGACUCCGAUUCGGGAUGAGGAUGGGUCCGCAAUGGACUUUGAAGGAGGAGCUUUUGGCCCAUUCGAGGAGGAUGAUGAUGCUGACCGCAUCGUUCGCGCUGAGCGUAACCGUCUGCGCCGCAAAGGUCUCAACCCCAAGGGUGUUCUGAACAAACCCAAGAAGACCAAAAAGUCGGACGAGUCGACAUCGCAGCCAGAAGAGGCCAAGACUGAAACUGAGGCUACUACAAAGAAGUCCUUGAAACAGGGUGAGAAGAAGACGGCGAAGGAGGGAGAAAAGGAGAAGAAGGAUAAGAAGGGGAAGCAGGCGACCAAGUGA